UGACACUAUGAUGUUCUAUCUGACUCCCGUCGCUGAAUACGAUUCGUUCGUUAAAGGACUGCUAGACAUCUACAGUUCCUUGCCAGACUCCCACAGUGAUAAGAUAACUCUGGCUCUGAACAGACACGACUUUAUGUACGAGGUGGGCGAUAUCCAGCCGGGGAAAUCUCCUACUUUCAAACUGGUGGAAUUCAACUUGGUGGCAGCAAGUCUGGGAGGAUUGUCAGAAGGAGUGUGUGAUUACCACAGCACACUGCUCAACCAGUAUAACAUGGACAUUUCAAGAUAUCAUCACAAAGUCAAUAUCAUACAAGGGUACAGCGAUGGGCUCCGUUUGGGAUACGAAUUGUACAGAGAAAAGUACAGCUGCAGCGGAAACUGUGUGGUUGUCAUGAUCAAUCAAACUGACGAUACUGAUCACCAAUUCAACUACUUUGACCAGCAAUUGAUAUUAAACGCAUUAGAACGAGCAGCAGUACCCACAAAACGCUACUCCGCUCGGUACUUAGCAGCUCACGGUACUACAAAGAACGGUCGGUAUAUGGUGGAGGGGAAAGAAGUCGCGAUGGUUUACUUCAGAACUUUGUACGAUCCCAGACAUUUUAAGUCUGAUGACAUAUGGAGGCUGAGGCGUGAUCUGGAGCUUAGUGCUGCUAUAACAGUUCCGUGUGUGCGCCACCAACUGGUAAACACGAAGCUAUUCCAAAUGGUACUUACUCAGAGAAGUGUGUUAGACCGCUACACUCCAUCCUCUGCUGUUACUGAUAAGAUACUGGAGCUGUUUUGCGAGACACUACACCUUAAUCCGGACGUGGAAGGGGACAAGAACGCUCAACUAGGCAUAGAUCACCCGGACGGGUACGUUAUGAAGCCCCAGCGAGAAGGAGGAGGACACAACAUCUGGGAGGAGGAGAUGAGAGAGAAGUUGUUAUCUUUAUCAGGGGAUCCUGCACGAGCUCAGUACAUUCUUAUGAAGAGGAUAACAGCCCCGAGGAGGAAGAAUAAAAUAGUUAGAAGGGGGGUGAUGUCAGAAAGGUUCAAUACUGUGUCCGAGUUUGGAUGUUUCUCGGUUUACUGUACUGAUGGGGCAGGAAUUGUAAAACAAAAUAAAACUGUUGGACCCCUCAUCAGGACGAAGGUAGCCGGAGAAAACGAGGGUGGUGUCGGUGUAGGGAUUGCUGCCAUAGAUUCCCCUUAUUUUGUCUAGAUUUACCUUGAAUCUUGAUGUUGAUUAUGCAUGGGGCAUUGACCAAUGACCAUAAUUAUAAACUGAUAAAAGCAUUAUCUUAUUAAAUUUAUUUAUCAUUUAUCGAUUUUUCAUCAUUCCUGAAAACAUAACUUUAAAAAAACA